GAGCAGGUGUAGAAAUAAAGACUCAUGGCUUCUGAACUGGACAGGAACAGACAGCGUGUUAAACAGCUGCUGGAGAAACCUGGGAAUGGAAAGUGUGUGGACUGUGGAGCUGCAGACCCGGAGUGGGCAUCCUACACCCUGGGAGUGUUUGUGUGUCACAGCUGCUCGGGUCUCCACAGAAACAUCGCGCAAAUUAGCAAAGUGAAAUCCCUGCUGCUGGAUCCGUGGAGCUCCUCUGAGUUAGAGUUUAUAGCCUCUGUGGGUAACAACGCUGCCAAAGCCAAAUAUGAACAGUCUAUACCUGCCUUCUUCUAUCAACCAACAUACAAAGAUUGCCUGCUCCUGCGGGACCAGUGGAUCCGAGCAAAAUACGAGAGGAAGGAGUUUAUGUGUGCGGAGAGGCAGGAGGCUUACUCAUCAGGCUACCGAGAGGGGUUUCUAUGGAAACGAGGACGAGACAAUGGACAAUACCUCAACAGAAAAUUUAUUCUGUCCGAAAGCGAGGGUGUUCUGAAAUACUUCAACAAGCAUGAUGCCCGAGAGCCCAAAGCGAUAAUGAAGAUCAACAGUGUGAACGCUACUUUCCAGCCGGCUAAAAUCGGCACCCCUCACGGUCUGCAGAUCACCUACCUGAAGGACAACAGCACCAGGAAUAUCUUUGUGUACCAUGAGGAUGGGAAGGAAAUGGUGGACUGGUUUAACGGCAUCAGAGCAGCCAGGCUUCACUACCUGCAGGUGGCUUUUCCUGGCGCCCUCGACUCCGAGUUGUUGCCAAACCUAACCAGGAACUACAUAAAGGAAGGGUACAUGGAGAAGACGGGCCCAAAGCACACAGAGGGCUUCAAGAAGAGGUGGUUCACAAUGGAUGACAGAAGAUUGAUGUACUUCAAAGAUCCACUGGACGCCUACGCUCGAGGGGAGGUGUUCAUCGGCAGCAAGGAAAACAGCUACACCGUCGUUCCUGGUCUUCCUCCCAACAUUCAGGGAUACCACUGGCAGUUCGGGGUUACAAUCGUGACUCCGGACAGAAAGUUCCUCUUUGCUUGCGAGAAUGAACAGGAUCAGAAAGAUUGGAUUGCAGCGUUUCAGAUUGUUAUCAACAGACCAAUGCUACCACAGGAAUAUGCAGUGGAGGCAUAUUUUAAGCACAAACCGUGACUGCGCUUGAACAACUUCCAGUGCAAGAACUUCUUAAGGAGCCACAACAGAAAAGUGCCGGAGUCAUUUCCU